AUGACCGGUUGUAGGUGUGGUUCUGCGAAAGGGCUCACAUUGCCCAUAACUCUCUCUGUUCAGCUGAUGUUAGCAGGUUAAAAUGGAAUACUACCUCGAUGCACUAUGAUUUAUACGAGGUUAUACACGAAGGCAACGCCUUUGGAAUAUAUAUAAAAACAUUUUAUAUAGGCAUAAAAUCAUCGUGAUUUUUAACAUAAAAGUUUAUAGUUAAUAAUAAGACUUUAUUUAAUGAUGCUAACAUAUAUUACUUGUUUCCCAGUAGUUUUUGGCAUGGGCGUCCUAUCAUAUCUAUGAUAAAUAAGUACAAGUUGGAAUAAACCUUAGUCUUCAAAUCCAACAUGUAAAAGCUAAUACAACAGAUUUUAAAUAAUUACGAGCAAUAUGACUAUACCACAGAUGGUUAGAACAUGUCAAGCACAUUUUAUUUCCGUACUCGUUUGAAUCUGAUCAUUUGCAUUAAACAGCGUAAAAAAAACAACUGUCUUCUGAAUUGCUCAGACAUCUUUGAUUUUACAUGCAUGCAUGUAUACUGUCUUUGUUGCAAGUUUUACCUUUACCUUUAAGCAUUUUCUAAUUGUGGAGUGAGGAUCUUAUUUCGUGUUGUAUAAAGUUGUGGUCCUUAGUUUUCUCAAUCACAGACCGGCAACGACUCACAAUCUAAGUAGCAAUUAGGUAUAUUUUCUCUCCCCAUUGAUGUCCACCAUUUCACGCCAUGAAUACAAUGCAUAAACGUGCAAAUUCGAUAGUACUUCUAACAUAUAUGCAAACAAUUUCUAAAUAUACCAUGUCUGGAAAACCAAAUUGUUGAAUACCAUGCAUGGGUGGCAAGCUAUAGUUGUAUUUAUAUUGAUAUUUCCUUUCAUAUACUAUUGAACCUGCGUGUGUAAAUUUUCUGCAGGGAUUGUUGAAAGGAACAAGACUUUGUUUACUUACCGAAUUGGAGAAAGUUAUGACAGUUUUCUUGAUCUCGACUUUACACCUGUCUUUCUGGAUGAAACCGCGUCACUUUUUUCCAAUUCCACUUUCGAGCAAGAAGCAAAGGAUGUUUGCGGGGAAAAUCGAGAAUGUUUGUUCGAUAUUGCUGUGACUGGGAAAACAAGAGUUGGUGAAGCAACGUUGGAAUCUUUCAAUGAACUACAACAGAGAAUCAACAACUCAAAACUUGGUAUGCUGGCGGAACAAUUAUAAAUGUGUUAUCAUUGUGUCUAAAGCCCUGAGCAAACUAGGAAAUAUUGUUGCGGAAGCAUUGUUUCCUACCAAUGUUUCGCGGUGUUUCCAAGAGUGGGCAAACACUAGGAAACAUUAGUGGGAAACAUUAAUAAAAUGUCUCUGAAUUCGCUAGGAAACAUUUUUGCUUAUUGGGAAGCAAAUUUUGUUCCCACAACAAUGUUUCCACGGGUGGGCAAACAGGGAAACAUUUGAGGAAACAUCGAGAAUCACAAAUGUUUCCUAGUUUGCCCAGGGCUUAAAUGUAGAUUUCGAACAUAUAUUAUUUGUAGGAUGGCCAGGGGUGCCGGAGCCACGGGGGCAGUGGGGGCAGCUGCCCCCGUUGCCUAAACAGUGCGGGGGCAGCACGGGGGCAGCAGGUUGCCUUUUUACCAGAACGGCACUUCGAACGUCGUGCGUUUUUCACAUGAAUUGAAAUUGAAAACUGUUUUUAAACAAUUUGGCUCAUAUUUGAAUCUGAAUUCCUCUCAGAAACAUUACCAAUCAGUUUCCACCUAUGAAAAAAGGGAAAAGAAAGCCUCCCUAAAUAACUGACAACUAUCAUGUUCAGCUUUACAAUACAUUUUAGUGUCACGCAACGAAUAAAAAUGUUCCAAUCCAUGCCGAAAUUUGUCUAUCGGUAUUAGCUACAAGUAAUGAAGUGUCCGUUAUACAGCAAAAUGUGAACGAAGAUUGCCCCCCCCCCAAAAAAAAAAAAAAUUAAGGCUCAAGAGUAAGUGCCCUUUUUAAAUGGCUGCCCCCCUCACCCCCGCUUCAUGUUGCUUCUGGCGCCCCUGAGGAUGGCCAGAAAUCACGGACAUGUUUUAUAAUUCUACUUCUCCAGUAAUUUGCAUAUCACAUUGAAACAUGGCUUUUAACAGAAAAUUAUUCAACACGACGUAGUUAAUCGCAGAAUCUGAGAAUAAAGUCACCGGUGUACAACUUGCUUCAAUCGCUGUUUGCAAAAAAUAUUUUUCGAAGUACUAGUUUGUUGGCCUCAUGAUUUCAAUUACUGCCUAUUAUGCAAUUUCAACAUUUGUAUACAGAGGUUACUUUUUACAAUAUUAGACAAUUUAACUCUACAUAGGCUAAGUUACGUUGGAAAAACUUGAGCCAGGCGAGCACUAUACAUUAAAUAUUUCCGCAGACUUUGUUCUGCAACGAGCAAUUGACGCAAAGGGUAAUGACCAUAGUAUGCAAAUUAGUAAGGAAGUCAUCAUCAUGCAUCUGUCCAUGAUUUCUGGUCUGAAAGUGCAUAAGUGUGUGACAAGUGUUAAAUAAUCGAAGGCAUACAAAACACCGCGUAUAUGGAGAUUAUAAGUACUUUAUUUACAAUUUCCAGUUGCCGAUCCCAUUUACUUUGGUUGUGACGGUGUCGAGAACAGUGCUAAGAAAACAGAUUUUUGUGGUAUUUGUGGAGGUGAUAACUCAACAUGCACAGAUUGUCAAGGUCAGAUCAGACCUGGUUUUCUUAACAAUGGAACUUGUGGU